AACGGAAGCCGAGAGGGGACUUGGGCGGAAGGGGACCAGGUCCAGGGCUGUGUUCGGGGCCUUGGCGGGGCUGGGGUUCCGAUGUGGUCCCCGGAGCGGGAGGCCGAGGCGCCGGCCGGGGGAGACCCGGCGGGCCUGCUGCCCCCCGAGUGGGAGGAGGAUGAGGAGCGCAUGUCCUUCCUGUUUUCCGCGUUCAAGAGGAGUCGCGAGGUGAACAGCACCGACUGGGACAGCAAGAUGGGCUUCUGGGCGCCGUUGGUGCUGAGCCACAGCCGCCGCCAGGGGGUGGUGCGCCUGCGUCUGCGGGACUUGCAGGAGGCCUUUCAGCGCAAGGGCAGCGUCCCGCUGGGGCUGGCCACGGUGCUGCAGGACCUGCUGCGCCGAGGGGAGCUGCAGCGGGAGUCAGACUUCAUGGCCAGUGUGGACAGCAGCUGGAUCUCCUGGGGGGUCGGAGUCUUCCUGCUGAAGCCCCUCAAGUGGACCCUCUCUAACGUGCUGGGGGAUAACAAGGUCCCGGCCGAGGAGGUGCUGGUGGCCGUGGAGCUGCUGAAGGAAAAGGCCGAGGAGGUGUACCGCCUGUACCAGAACUCCCCGCUCUCCUCGCACCCCGUGGUGGCCCUGGCGGAGCUGAGCACCCUGUGCGCGAACUCCUGCCCGGACGAGCGGACCUUCUACUUGGUGUUGCUGCAGCUGCAGAAGGAGAAGCGAGUCACCGUGCUCGAGCAGAACGGGGAGAAGAUCGUCAAGUUCGCCCGGGGCCCACACGCCAAGGUCUCGCCCGUGAACAAUGUGGAUGUCGGGGUGUACCAGCUGAUGCAGAGCGAGCAGCUUCUCUCGCGCAAGGUGGAGUCCUUAUCCCAGGAAGCAGAGAGGUGUAAAGAGGAAGCCCGCCGAGCAUGCCGAGCAGGAAAGAAGCAACUGGCGCUGAGGUCCCUGAAGGCCAGGCAGCGGACGGAGAAGCGCAUCGAGGCCUUGCACGCCAAGCUGGACACCGUGCAAGGCAUCCUGGACCGCAUCUACGCCUCCCAGACCGAUCAGAUGGUGUUCCACGCCUACCAGGCUGGGGUGGGAGCCCUGAAACUCUCCAUGAAGGACGUCACCGUGGAGAAGGCGGAGAGCCUCGUCGACCAGAUCCAGGAGCUGUGUGACACCCAGGAUGAAGUUUCGCAGACUCUGGCUGGUGGGGUGACCAAUGGCAUAGAUUUCGACAGUGAGGAGCUGGAGAAGGAGUUGGACAUCCUCCUUCAGGACACCACCAAAGACCCUCUGGAGCUGCCCGACGGCGCCCCCAAGCCGCUUCCCGCCGACAGUGUGCCUCACCCUCGGAUCUCAGACGCCGAACUUGAAGCCGAACUGGAGAAACUGUCCUUGUCAGAGGGAGGUUUGGUCCCAAGCAGUAAAUCUCCAAAAAGGCAAUUGGAACCGACUCUCUAAAGCCAUUAUAGGACCCUCGUGUGAAAGAGACAGGCUUGUGUGCGUGUACAUAAUUAUUUAAAGGAGAAACUUUGGGAUUUGGUUGGGAAGAGGAGGAAGGAGACCCGCUCUGGUUUACCUGGCUGCUGCCCAGCGAGCCUCCACCUGGUCCAGGACAAACCGGGCCUGCGCCAGCCGCGCCGUGGGGUGCACCUGCCUUCUCAGCUCUGCCGUGCCAGGAUCUGCACAGCUGCGUGUGCCCGUGGUCCCCACCGCCUGCGCUCCUCGUGGGUGUCGUCUCCCCCCCAGCUUCCCUGCAGCCAGUGAUGGAGGAGACGUGCAGCUGGGCCAAAUCAGAACCAGUCUCCCCGCCCCCGCCCCGCUCCCCACGGUUUUGAAAGGCAUUGAGUCUGUCAGUAAUGUCACUUAAACAGCUUACCCUGCUCUGCUCUGUUUCCAUUGGUUAUGGGAUUGAGAAUCAAACACUCGAGAGUUUUCUUCAGAAGAUUCGAGAGCUGCCCCGCUAUGGAGAAACACGCUCUUUCCCUAAGGUCAGUUGUCCAGACGUCCAGGUAUUCAGAAAACAAGGUCAUCCCCGUGAGGCUCAGAGUCCAGGCGGUCGGAGGCUGUGUGCCUGGUGCGGCUGCCUCUUCCAUCUUGUGCGGAAGAACACCUGCUCACAGGGUAGGGUCGCUCUCGGGCUUCUGAACUUCAGCAGGGACAGGUCCUGGUGACCACAGGGCCCCAGGGUGGCCAACCCCAGAUCCCGCUGUAAAGAGGCCGAAGUUUUCCUUGGGCCCCUCGUGGAAUCACUUCGUGUAAAAGUUGUAUGCGCUUCCCAAGACAGGCCGUACGGCACGCCUCCCCUUCCCGCGCGUGGCCAUGGCAAGCUCCUGUGUGUGGGUGUGGAAAGCCUUUCACCUGUUGCCCGCCCUCAGGGCCAGGGCUCUGAGCCAGGAUGUGCAAUAGAAGCAGCAGGCGUGGCGUGCUGCCAGAUGUGCCGUGAGCUGCCCCGGCUCUGCCUCCCGCGGUCCCGCCUUCCUGCUUCCGGGGAUGAAGAGUGCUCUGGCCGCGGGGAGAAGGAAGGUGACAGGCACACUGCCGCCGUGCCGCCCAGCUGCCAGGACAUCUGCCUGGAGCCCUUUGCCCUGUCCCUCCCGCUUCAGGCGGCAGAGAGCAGAGGGGAAGAAUUUGCUCCAGGCAAGGAGCACGAAUCGCUGAUCCAUGAAUGUCUCUCCCACUCGACCUUGGUAAACGGAAAUGUUGGGGGUGAAGAGAAACAAUCACUAUUUUUUCUUUUUUUUAUCUGGUAAAUAAUUAAAAGAAAAAAAAACAA